CUCUCCCUUCGUCAUCAGGUUAUCUUAUCUAUUUGCGAGAUUAGCUGCCAAUGCCGUUCCAUUCGUAACGGAGGGUCCGAUUCUGUUCCCUUCAGAUCCGGCUCCGACAGGACGACCCGGUCGGAGAUGACUCGCCGGUGCUCUCACUGCAAUCUUAAUGGCCACAACUCUCGGACGUGUCCGAACCGAGGGGUCAAGCUCUUCGGCGUUCGCCUCACCGAAGGCUCGAUCCGGAAGAGUGCGAGUAUGGGCAAUCUCAGCCACUACGCGGGUGGGCAUAGUGGAACCGGGUCGAACUAUCCGGGUUCUCCCGGAGAUACUCCCGACCACGCCGCCGGCGACGGUUACGCUUCCGAGGAUUUCGUCUCCGGCCCCUCCUCCAGCCGCGAGAGGAAGAAAGGAACACCGUGGACAGAAGAGGAGCAUAGGAUGUUCUUAUUGGGUUUACAGAAGCUAGGAAAAGGCGAUUGGCGUGGUAUCUCCAGAAACUACGUGACUACAAGAACGCCGACACAGGUUGCGAGCCAUGCUCAGAAGUACUUCAUGAGACAGUCCAAUGUGUCUCGCCGUAAAAGACGUUCAAGUCUCUUUGAUAUGGUUCCAGACGAGAUAUCAGAUGUUCCAAUGGAGCCGCAACUCGUGAACUGUCACACAGAAACUCAAAUUCAAGGCAACGACCCUCUUCCUGUUCUCCCUCCAGCUCCAGUUCCUGUUAUUGCUCCAUCAAUUCCGAGAACUGAAGAAUGCGAAUCCAUGGACUCCACCAAAUCUAGCACAGGCGAGCCGCCCAUGGCAGCAGCCACCGCCUCCUCAUCCUCCAAAGCAGAGGAGAACAAACCACUACAACUGCCUGCUUCAUUCCCUGUACUGUAUCCAACCUACUUCUCGCCUUUCUCCUCUUUCCCGGUCCCGAUAUGGCCUGCUGUUGGGUACAUCCCCGAGCCUGCCCAGAAGGAAGAGGUUCACGAGAUACAUCGGCCGAGGGCAGUGCACUCGAAAGCCCCGAUCAACGUGGAUGAGCUUCUCGGCAUUUCUAAGCUCACCCUUGGAGAAUCCAUCAGAGAUUCUGAGCAGUCGCGUUCCCUGACCCUUACCGGGGGAUCAUCAUCCUCGUCAAGACAAUCGGCUUUUCAUCCGAAUCCGGCCUCUGAUAGUUCCGACAUGAACAGCCCUAUUCACGCGGUCUAAGGCUCCGUUGAUGGAUUGUUCAGUUCGGUCUUUUGAAAAACUCAUGUGGUUUAGCUUUUUAGCCCUGUGACUCACCUUAGAUAUAACAUCGACUGUUUUCGCCGUUUGCGUUAACUUAAAUAAGAUUGUUAAUUUGUUAUGUAUAUGUAUAUGGGUGUAUAACUUGUUCAUCUUUGAAUAUUAGAGGCACCAAAAAAAAUUAUUUA